GCUCGGAGGGCGGCCAUGGCUGACGGCUACGCGUACCCUCUCCUGGUCGAGCUGGAAGACAAUAACGUAUCAAAAUUAAAAAUAAAGUUGGUCAAGUACUUCCAGAGUAAGAAAUCUAAUGGCGGAGACUGUGAGGUGGCGCACGAGAGCGGCAGCAGGACGGCGGUGGUGCGCUUCCGCAGAGAGGAGGACCAGAAGAAUGUCCUGGCCAAAGAGACGCAUCACAUCAGUUUGGAAACAGGACGAGUAAAAAUGACCGUUCGGCUUCCGUCGGAGGCGCAAAACCCACAGGAGGACUCUCCUGAUAACGACAAGAAUUCAGCAAAAGUUUCAGUGAUCAACAAGCAGCCAACAGCAGCUGAGCGCAAACCUGCAGAUGGCUUUAAGGCAGAAGACGAAGACACAGCAGAUGGAGAGCCAUGCUCCACUUCGGCUGUUAUUGAGAAUAUUCCUGAAACGUUAAACAAGGAAUACCUGGAAAUGCUAGUAGAGAACAUUUUAAAGGAUUUGAGCUCUUCAGCUGCCUCCAGGUUUACUCUGGAGAUCAUUCCUGACAUCUCAUGUGCCGUUGCCACUUUCCAAAAUGAGAAAGAUAAAACCAAGUUCAUAGCAAAAUGUCCUCAAAACAGGAUGUUUACAAGGAAGAACUUGUCUGUCCGACCUCUUGAAGUCACCACUCGGGUUUUAGUCGAAGGCCUUUCUAACAUCGACACAGACGUACUUCAGCUCUACUUUGAGAAUAAAGGUGGAGAGGUGGAAGAUGUCAAACUGACAGAUGCUGAGCAGUCUGCUGUCAUUACAUUUACCAACCGCCUAGCUGUUAAGAAAGUCCUGGAAAGGAGGCAUAAUAUAAGAGAGGAAGAAGUGAAAGUCUAUCCAUUUUAUGAGUCUUUGGAAGCAGCUCUUUAUGGGGAUGACACGCCUUCACCAAAACUCCCUGCUGGCAUUUCAGAACUCGUUGAGGUUGCCUUACUUAGAUACCUAACUACAAACAAAAUGGCAGUGGACGUGGUUCGUCGUGACAUGGCAAAACACUUCUGCGAUGUGAACCUAGUCAAGUCUGCCGUGCGCCUGAGUCCUGUGUCAUCCUUGCUAAAGGAGAAGAACGCCAAAGCCAUCAUCAAAGAGUGGGCAGAUACUGUCAAGUCAGCAUUUGCACAAUCCAUGUCAAAAUUCAAAUCUUUAAAGCUUCCCUUGGAGUCAGAAGUUUGGAACAAGUCUGAAGAGAAAAUCAGACAAACACUUGAGAAUGAAGAUGUGGUUGUAGUACCUGAUAAAGCCACUGGUGUUCUGUCAGUGGCUGGCCUUGUGGAUGAUGUCAGCAGACUGGAGAAUCCACUUUCAGAAAUCCUUAAAAUAACCGAGCUAAGAGUGCAAAGGGAGAAAUCAAGCAAAACCCAGGACAUCAAAGUUUUGCCAUCUAUUUACCACAUUCUUUCUCAAGAUGGUAUCCAGAACAAGCUCUUGCAAGUGUAUCCAGAGCUCAAAGUGUCAUAUGACAAACAGACAAUGGCUCUGAAAGUAACUGGCUUUGUGGAUGAGAUUUUGGGUGCAAGCAACAUGAUAAAUCAAGCAAUGCUUGCAUUAAGACGUCAGAAUUUAGAGUUAGGUACACAUUUGUUUGACAUGUUAAGAGAUGAAAAUCAAGAGGAGAUUACAGAUAAUCUUCUGACAGCUUACGCCAUAAAUGCGGCCCUAGAGAUCAGUCCACAAAGGCUGCAGCUCGUUGCUGUUGCUGAUGACGAUCUAGUAGCUGCUGAGGAUCAUUUGAAGCAGCAUCUGAUUUCUAAGGAAGUUGUUGUUGAAGACAGUGAGGUCCUUAAGCUGCCAGAGUGGCAGCAGCUGGUCAGUCGGUUGGAGAAAGCCAACAGUAAGUCUGGUGGUAGAAUUCAAAUUAAUACCACCCACCAACAAGUCAUAGUGUCUGGUCACAAGGAUAGUGUCAUCAGUGUUAGUGAUGAACUAGACGAGUUUUUAACUGAGAAUGCUCACACUGAAGAAGUUGUUGCUGUUAGGGCGAAUGUCAUCAUUGAAUACCUUAAAUCUCAAGCGUCCUGGUUGGAGAUAUUUGAAGGCAAUGUGUGUGUGUCUUUGUCUUAUGCAAAGGAGGCCAUCAUUGUCAGUGGUCCUAGGGCGGCUGUACAAAGCAGUAGGGUCAUCAUGGAAGGUAUAGUCAAUUCUGUGGACUUGGAUUCUCUUAAAGUUGAAAAACCAGGAGUAAAGAAGUUCUUUAGGAGUAAAGAAUCCAUGUAUGUUUCCUUAAUCAAGAACGAAACUGACUGCUUGGUGAAACUUGUUGAUGAGGUUGGUGAAGAACAAGACGGCUUUGCCUUUGUACAAGUACACACACCAGUUUACCAAAUUCAGACUGCAGAUGGAGUUGAAAUAGCAGUUUUUAAGGCAGAUAUGUGCACUUAUCCAGUUGAUGCAGUGGUCAGUCCUUCAAACGAGGACUUGAAACAUAGCGGAGGUCUUGCAGGAGCGCUGUUCAAAGCUGGUGGUCCUCAAUUACAAAAUGAAUGUGACAAAUUAAUCAGUAUGAAAGGAAAACUGAAACCUGGUGAAAGCCUCAUAACUGAUGCUAGUGGGCAGCUUUAUUGCAAAAAGGUCAUCCAUACCUUUGGGCCAACUUUUGAUCAAGCCAAAGCUGCAAAGUCCGAGGCAAAGCUGAAAAGAGCAGUUAAAGGAAGCUUAGAGCUCGCUGAAAGUAUUGGCUGCUUUUCGGUGGCUCUUCCUGCCAUCAGCAGAAACCAAGGUUUCCCCCUCAAUCUGUGCUUAUCGACUAUCGUCAAUGCAGUGAAGGAGUACUGUGAUGAGAGAUAUGAGGACAGCACAUUGAAGAAGAUACAUCUGGUUGACAACGAUGACAAUGUUAUUCUGGCAAUGGAAAGUGCCGUCAAACAGCUGUUUGGAAAUCAGGGUGUUAGCCUUCCGCAACAGAUACCUCCCAACAGAGUGAACAAACUUCCACCAGUGCAACCUGGUGAAUCGGACUACUUGUGUCAUGUGAAAACCAAAGAGGGCUUGGACAUUGUUCUAAAAAAAGGAAACAUUGAAGCUGCCAAGACGGACGUGAUUGUGAACACAGUGUUUGAAGAUCUGGCAUUAAAUAAAGGGGCCGUUUCCACGGCCAUCUUUAAUGUGGCUGGACCCAAGCUCCAACAGCUCGUGUCUGACCAGAAAUCGGUGGGAAUACCUGGUGACAUCAUAGUUACUGAAAGCUGCAAGUUGAAGAGCAAACAAGUGUUCCAUGUAGUUGCUCCUCACAUGAACAACGAUCAGGCUUCAGCUGGAAAGAUAUUAGGCGGGAUCUUUAAAGAUUGUUUGGACAUGGCAGAGAAUGCACGACUGGCCUCCAUAUCUUUCCCAGCUAUUGGUACUGGAAACUUGGGUUUUCCGAAGGACAUCGUUGCUUCUUUGAUGCUGAAUAACAUUUCAGACUUUAGCAGCCAAACACAACCUAAGCACCUGAAGAAGGUUGCAAUCAUUCUUUACCCCAAGGAUGCACAAACUAUACAGGAAUUCAUUAAAGAAUUCAUGCAGAAGUUUCCCAAUGCUUCUGGUGGUUUGGUUUCCAAAAGCCCCUCACAGAGUACAGCAGGAUCCUUCUCUAAAGUCGUAUCCACGUCGGGAAUGCAGGAAGCAAAAAUGGGAAAUGUGACUGUGCAAGUAUCAUCAGGAGAUAUAACCAAGGAGACCACUGACGUCAUUGUCAACUCGUCAAAUGAAGACUUUUCUCUUAAGUCAGGAGUUUCUAAGGCCAUUUUGGAUGCAGCUGGUGCAGCUGUUGAAGUAGAAUGCCAAAACCUUGGUUCUCAGACCAAUCCAGGCAUGAUAAUGACACAGCCAGGUAACCUGAAAUGUAAGAAGAUCCUGCACCUGGUUGGUCAGACGGACCCUGUAAAAAUCAACAGAGUUGUGAAGGAAGCGCUCCAAAUGUGUGUGAAACACUCCCACACCUCUGUGUCUUUUCCUGCUAUUGGCACAGGGCAAGGAAAUGUCCAGGCGAAGCAGGUGGCAGAUGCCAUGUUGGAUGCAGUGAUUGAUGUGCUGAAGCAGAACCCCACCAGUACCCUGACUUUAGUGCGGAUAGUGAUUUUCCAGCAGCCAAUGCUGAACGAUUUCUACCGCAGCAUGCAGGAAAAAGAAGCCUCUGACCCAAAGGAUAAAGUGGGAUUCUGGGGAAGGGUGAAAUCAUUCUUUGUUGGAAGCACAGAAACUGAAAGAGAGGAGGAUUUUGUCAUUGAUGAAGUCAAAAUGGACCCAGCCUGUUUCCACAUCUGUGGUGACUCACCAGCUAAAGUCAAAGACGCCAAGCAGAAGCUACUUGACUUAAUAUCUGAUGAACAACACUCUCACACAAUUUCAGACGACUCUAUCUUAAGCUUCUCUCCUGCAGACCGUCAGCAAAUUGCAGCCAUCCAAAAGAAGCUGGGUGUGAGCAUAAAAACUGACAACAAGAACGGGGAAGCCUCAAUCAUCAUUGAAGGCCUCAACAGGGAUGUCCUGAAAGCCCACACUGAGAUUGAUCGCAUGCUCAAGAAGGUGAAAGAUGAGCAGGGGACGAAGCAGAAAGUGGAAUUAACAAGCAACCUGGUAGAAUGGCAGUAUCAGCGCCAGGGGCUCCAGUUUCACAGUUUUGACGUGUUGACCAACUACCAGCUUGAGCAAGCAAUGGAGAACAAUCAGCCAAACAUAAAAGUAAUGAUCCGAGGUCAAACCUACACCGUGACCUUACCCAACGGACCAGCCACUGAUGGCAAGAAAAACACACUGCAGAUUAGGCGACUUGACAAACUAAAAGGUAAUGAUAUUCCUGACUUUUGGGAUCCCAUACCACCCGGCACCACCUGCCUAUCUGUUCCAAUCCAGGCGGGAACACCAGAGUACACCGAAGUCCAGAAUCAGUUCAAGGCCACAUGCAAUCGAAGCAUUUCCAAGAUUGAGAGGAUCCAGAAUCCUACUCUGUGGAAGGGUCUACAAAUAAAAAAACAAGAGAUGGAGGUGAGAAAUGGCCACCAGAAUAACGAGAAGCGCCUCUUCCAUGGCACCUCUGAAACCACUGUGCGCACCAUCAACGAACAUGGCUUCAACAGGAGUUAUGCAGGAUUGAACGCUACUUGUUAUGGCAAGGGGUCCUACUUUGCAGUGACGGCCAGUUACUCUUCCCAAGACACCUACUCCAGACCCAAUGGAAAGGGGGAGAAGUUCAUGUACCUCUGCCGAGUGCUGACCGGGGACGCCACCCUCGGACAACAAAACUUGAUCGCUCCUCCUUCCAAACAAGCCACGUCCUCUAACUUGUAUGACAGUGUUGUUGACCAAAUGCCAAACCCGAGCAUGUAUGUAGUCUUUCAUGACAUCCAGGCCUAUCCUGAGUAUCUGAUUACAUUCACGUAAAACAGAAAAGCACACACUGUGGAUAAAAACAAGUGUCUUACAACCUUUUUUGAUAAUUCCAGAUAGUUCAUGUACUUAGAGAAUUUUCCUGUUCACGUUGCACGCCGUUUACAUUAAUAACUCGUUUAGUGCCUUGAAACUAUCCGAGAACACCUUACAGUUGGAUCAUGCAAGCAGACGUCAGCAGAUGAAGGAGCUGCUACAGCUGUUCUCACCAGCUAGGGUGAUUCCUAGGGGAUUUAGCAAGUUCUGCCGUUAUCUUUGUUUCAUUUGACCAGCUGUCCUUAAGAUUUAAAAUCAAAAGUAACUCACUUGAGUAAAUACAAUUAAACAAGCCUGUAACGUCCACAAGCACAAGCUAUUUCCAAAAGCUUAUCUCCAAGAACUUCACUAGUAUUUUUAGUAGGGAUGUUCCGAUCACAUUUUUUGGCUCCCGACCCGAUUCCGAGUCAUUUGAUUUUGAGUAUCUGCCGAUACCGAGUCCCGAUCCGAUACUUCAGCAAUACAAUAAAAUAGCAAGAAAAAAGGGAGACUGCACCCAAAUUGACCUGUUAGGUUUUUAUUAUUAUUAUUUAUAUGACGGCAUCCAACAUGAUACCAUAAGAAAGUAGAAACAUUUUGUUAGUGCAGCAGCACUUCAAACCAAGUAAACAAAAUUAUAUCUUUGUAGCUUAUCAGUGGUGCAACAAUAUGUAAACAAAUUUGUUUUUAUAGAAAAGUAGAAAAGGUUUGUAAAAUAACUCAACACAAUAAUAGAAGUUAAAUUAAAGUGCUUACCUCCACCUCUAAGAGGUAGUUGCAUAAUUCAGUCAGGUAACAAAAUAAAAUACAUCUUAGGCCUUUAGACUGACUAGUUUAUUAAAACGAACAAAAGAUAUGCCUAAUCAAAGUGGUGUACGAACUUAACACCAUUCAAGAAUAAAACAUCAAAUUGCAAAGAACUGGUAAAUCACCUCUUCCAUGUGCUCUACAUGGAGCUCAACUUUUACUCUAAGGCUCCCAAAUAAAGUGCAUGUUUUUUUUUGAGGAAAAUCAGCAUCUCUAACUUGUCGGGGGAGAGCCGAUUCCUAUUCUCAUCAAGAAUGUUUGACACUGCACUAAAGAGUCUCUCACUGUCCACUGAGGUGCAGGGGGCACGGAGAAAUUUGGUUGCAACAGCAGCCAGUGAAGGGAACUGUGUAGCAUGUGUUUUCCAGUAGUCAAGAGGAUUGAUUUUCCUAGGGAUGGUUUGUUCCGAAAGGUAGAUCCGUACCUGGACAUCUGCUGAGGUGGUACUCACAGAUUGGGCCUCUGGCUGACGCUCUUCUAAGAUCUCAUCUAAGAGGCUACCAAGGCUGCUUCCUGCUCCUUGACGAGGUGCCUUGCUCACAGGCUCUGCUGCCUCUGGUUCUUCACUGGCAACCCUGUUCUCCUCCAUCUUCAUCACCUCCUGGAUGAGGGAUUCUUUAGCAAACCUCAGGUGGUCUGACUUUGUGAAAUAUCUACAAGAUAAAUGUAACAAUUUAAAAAAAACGUUAGGCAAGACACUGUAUAACACAACAGUUCAGCUGAGGAAAUGUUAUAUUUACGUAAUAGUAAAUAAUUCUCUAAUCAUUAACAGAGCUAAAUCUAAAUUUUAAAAACAUAAUUAGACAUUGGCUGACUUACAGUUUUGAAAAUUUAUUUUCUUAGAAUCAAAUUAAAAAUGUACAUUAAUUCUACUUGCCUGUCUUUGUAUCUUGGAUCCACUAAAGUGGCGAUGCUGUAGAGCGGUUCCUUUUCUACCUCAGCAAAGCGAGUCUCCACCGCCUCUAGGAGAGUUCUUUUCAUGGUUCGAACACCCUGGUCAGUCGUGUCCUCUCGAGACAGGACACGUCUGAGAGCUGUUUAGAGAAUGAAUAGACGGAUAACAGUUUAUUACUUAUUUAGAAUAAAAAACAUUGUGUGUUCUUUAAUUAAAAUGUAGAAAAUAAAACAAAACCAACCUGAAAUGGCAGGGAUCACAUCUGCUGCAGUUGCAGUCUCCUUGCUCACUUCCCUAGUCAGUUCUUCCAAGGGAACUAACACUUCAGCUGUAUUCUCCAUGAGGGUCCACUGACUAGCUGUUAGUGUAGCAGGGAGGUUGUGGUCAGCUGUAUAGAUGCUGAGCGCUCGCUUUUGCUCCAGAAUGCUCUGUAGCAUAGAGAGGCUGCUGUUCCAUCUAACAUGCACAUCCUGCUGCAGGCGCUUCACGGUCAUCUUCAGAGAAAUCUGGAGAUCUUCCGGGCGUGAAUAGGCCAAAGGAGAAUGUUUGAAAUGGCCUAUUAUCUUCCUGGCAUUAGCCAUUGUGUCUGUGAUGCUGCACUGAGAGAGCAGACCCUCGUGCACAACUAGUUGAAGCGUGUGUGCAACACAGCCCAAGCUCGGUACUGCCAAGUCCUCCAUGGCUCUCAUUUCGCGCAUUGUCACGCACAAUUACAUGGACACGUUCCUUUUCAAUUCCCCAACUGUUCAGCAUAUCUCCGAUAGCCUGUUUCACAUGCUCUGCUGUGUGAGAUCCGCGAAAAUGUUGCGCAUUUAACGUAGCACGUUGUAAAUUAAAACUCGGGUCAAUCCAUUGUGCAGUGAAGCUGAUCAGUGACAUUGGACAAACAGACGAACUCCAUAUGUCUGUGGUAAACCCAAAAGCAGACACCUUUGAUAACAAGACUAACACGUAGCUUGUUGUGAAUGCUGGGCAGAGCUGUGUCUGUAAAGUAGCUUCGAGAAGGUAACUCGUACCGUGGCUCCAAGUGCUCCAUGAGACGGCGAAAUCCUACGUUUGAAACCACAGACAGCGGCUGGUCAUCUAGUGCAAUAAAUUCAGCCAACUUGGCUGUGAUGUUCUUGGCCUUUUCGCUAUGCUUAGGAAGUUUUUCUUUGUUUUUCAGCAUAGCUUCCAGUGUCGGCUGGCUCCAUGUUUUGAUCUGCGUUGCCGCGGUGAACUCGGAAUAUUGAGCUGGAUGUUUGUUCUUGAGAUGGCGGAUCAGGGUCGCGGUGUUAAAAGCAGCUCUGUCUUUUCCGCCACGUGAAACACUCAGUUUGCACACGUUGCAAGUGGCUGUUGGACAGCAUUCGGUCUCCAGUUUAAAAUGACUCCAAACCGCUGACAUUUUUUGCUCUCCUGGAGCGAGACGAGCAUUAACCUGCUAGCUAACUGCUACCUGAAUUCCGCGGCCCACUUUAAAACGUGUGACGUUACGGCUGCCGUAUGGUGUUGUCAUGUUGUUAUUGAGGAAGUGAAACUUGGUACAAAAUUAAGCCAUAGUUAUUCAAUUUGAAACUCAAGACUGAUUAAAAAUGGCAUGCUUGUUGUUUUAUAAGUUAAAUCUGAUCUUUAACACCCGAUUCCGAUCUUUUAAAAGUCACGUGAUCGGGCCCGAUUUCCGAUCACGUGAUCGGAUCGGAGCAUCCCUAAUUUUUAGUCCAGCUUUAAAUUAAAAUUGAGCAACAUCUAAAUUAGUUCAAAAACUCAGAAUGUGACCUCUGACCCUAUGCAAUCCUAAACUGAGAUGGGAGUUUAGACUCCGUUUUGAUUUCUGUAAUUAAAGUCUUCCCAGAAGUUUGGACUCUGCUUCCCCCAAAGCUGCAGUUCCAUUUUACUGUUCCUCAUCUAGUUUCACAGAAGUUGGGAUUCAUUUAGUAAAUUAAUAAAAUGUUUUCUUUGCAA